AUGGGGAAAAUAGAUCUUCGAUUUCCAACUAGCCUGGAUGCUUCAGGAUCCGAUGCUAUGAAUCCAGCAGGAGACUACAGUGCUGCUCACGUCCAACUUAAAACAAAUACGGAUCUAGUUGGUCAUGGCAUUUCGUUCACCAUCGGGCGCGGGAACGAUCUAUGUGUCUCUGCCGCUUCCCAGAUUGCUGAGCGAUUGGUAGACAAGAGCUUGGGCGAGCUGACCAAAAACAUGGGUCAAACAUGGCGUUACCUAGUAGCCGAUUCCCAACUGCGAUGGGUAGGGCCCGAAAAAGGAGUCAUUCAUCUCGGUCUCAGUGCAUGUGUAAAUGCCUUGUGGGAUCUCUGGGGCAGAUACCUCAACAAACCGCUUUGGAGAUUGGUAUGCGAUAUGACACCAGAAGAGCUUGUUGCGUGUAUUGAUUUCAGAUACAUCUAUGAUGCGAUCACUCCAGAGGAAGCCCUGGAUAUCUUGAAACAACAGAGUGAAAGCAAGGGGGCUAGGCUUCAAGAUGCCCAAACCAAUACAGCAGUACCAGCUUAUUCUACCCAAGCAGGUUGGCUUGGUUUCACCGAUGAGAGAAUGGUGGAAUUGAUCCGCUCAAAUUUGAAUGAAGGGAUCGACAAAUUCAAGCUGAAAGUUGGUGGCAAUCUUGAGGAUGACAAGCGUCGCGUCAAGCUCGCACGCGAUACAAUUGGUUACGAUCGUAUAAUGAUGCUGGAUGCUAAUCAGGUAUGGAGUGUACCUGAGGCAAUCGCAUACAUGAAAGAACUUGUUGAAUUCAAGCCCUUGUUUAUCGAGGAGCCCACAUCGCCCGAUGAUAUUCUCGGACAUGCAGCUAUCCGGGAAGCUCUCAAGCCGCAUGGAGUCGGAGUAGCGACGGGAGAGCACUGUCAAAAUCGGAUAAUUUUCAAACAGCUACUACAAGCCGGCUCAAUUGACUACUGUCAAAUAGACGCAUGUCGACUCGGAGGCGUGAACGAAGUUUUGGCUGUUCUACUCAUGGCGAAAAAAUUCAACGUUCCGAUUGUGCCACACAGUGGGGGCAUUGGCUUGAACGAGUACACGCAACACCUUGCGCUUCUUAAUUACAUUUGCAUAUCUGGCGAGAAGAGCCUCCUUGAACACAUAAACUCCUUCAGCGAGGUUUUGAAGUAUCCGGUGCAGACUAGCAAUGGUCAUUUUGUUACUCCAUGGGAAGCUGGCUACAGCGUGGAGUAUAAGCCUGAAGCGCUUUGCACCUAUCAAUUUCCAAGUGGGGCGUUUUGGCAGAGCAAGGAAGGUCAAGCUAUUCGAAAUGGAUCGAGACUUUGA